AUGGCGCGUGUUCUACUCCUUACCGCUCUGCUGGUCGUCUCAGUGGCUCUCGUUUAUGGGCAGUUUGAAGUUAGUGAGACUCAGGGUCAGAACUGUGGCCACUACGUUGCGUUCACACAACUUGAGCCUAGCAAUGUCGGUGGCUUCCAUCUCCGCGGAAACAUCAUGUUCGUCGUCGCGAACCGACUCCCAUCCGUCACCCGCAUGAUCGUCCACCGCUUCCCGACCUCUAUCUCUGACAUUGUCAACGAGCUCCAUGCCAAGCCCGAAGACACGGAGGAGUCUACCGAGUCUUCCGAGUCUACCGAAUCCUCGGACGAGGAGAUUCCGACUCCCGUCCCUAUUGAAAACGAGGAGGACGAUGCGAUUGCAACGGCCGGUGAAUCCAGCAUCGUUACCAACGUGACUCCCGAAUCCUCGGACGAGGAGAUUCCCACUCCCGUCCCUAUCGAAAACGACGAGGAGGAUACGUUUGCCACGGGCGGUGACUCCAGCACCGUCACCAAAGUCUCCUCAGUAACGACUUCUGACGAGGCUACAGAGGAUAUCGAUACGGAAAACGUCAGAAUGUUGACGGCGGAAGAUGACAGCGACGCUGCCGUCACUGCCGAUCCCGACUCUGACAAGGUUACCGAGGAUACCGAAACGGAAAACGUCAGGAUGUUGACGGCUGAAGAUGACAGCGACGCUGCCGUCACUGCCGACCCCGCCUCCGACGAGCGUCUCCCGACGGAAACGGAUGAUGCCACUGCCACGAAACGCUCGGAUCCUUUGACGUCCGCGUUUGACGCGUUUGUACUUUCUCGCGAUUGGACUAAGAAGCUCGACCUUGACGACCUGUUCUCAAUGAUUCCUCCGCAGGAUCAGUCCUCAAAGCAUCUGCAGUUGUUCCAGGAGUUUGUAAAGGCCGCGAAGGAGUUCCAUAGCAACGCGCAGACUCCUCAGGAAGAGGAGGAGAGCUCGGAGGGUAAGAGCUCCGAGGAGGAGAGCUCGGAAAAUGAGAGCUCGGAGGAGGAGAGCUCGGAGGGUGGGAGUUCGGAUGAUGUCGUUGACCAGGUGGAUGAUGACUUAACGGUGUAUAUUAGCAAGCUUGACGGCAUGACGGCUGUUCCCAUGGACGAUGAUGACUCCGCAGUCUCAGGCGACGAUGCUGUGGUGACGGUCGUGGACGACUUCUACCCCUUCCCCAACCUUCUUCCCGGGUGGACCGUUGCCAACAUUGUUGGCCUGGUCGUUCUCGGGCUCGCCUUUGUCUUCCUGGUUACCAUGAUGAUUCUCAGCCUCGCCUCCAUUAUCUAUGGCUGUGCUGAUCCGGAGGAUGAUGACUCGACCGUACUGCUUUACGAGGACAACACCAAGACCCCCCUUCUGAAGUCGUAUGUUGUGGAGUACUCCUCACCCAGGGGUCAGCAUGUGAACCCAGUGGCAGUGUAUGUGCCCCCUGUCGCCAAGUAG